UUUCAAUCUAUUCAUCUCCAAUCAUAGCAUUACAACGAACACCAGAAAUAAUAAAAAUUACAUUCAGAUUCAUAGACCACCUAGCGACGACUAUAAGCACUGAAGCGAGUCGAAGGCGCGCUGCCGUCAUCACCCCUCCAUCGCCGGAGUCGGGCACAUCUUGUUGUGAUAGACAACCGGGAAGUCGUCGUGCUAAGGCACCAUAGGAUCAACGCAUCAGAACAACAACCGCCGUCGAUGAAGAAUAACAUUGUAACCUUUAUUUUGUUCAUUAUUUGUUGACUUGUGCUUUAAGGCUCUUGUAUUAGUGUUUGGGCUGGUAAUGGCAGUGCACCUGUGCUGGCUGAUGAUUUUUUUUCACGCUGAUUUCAUCGUUGGAUCUAUUUUCUGGGAUGAAGCAUCUUGAUGUGUCUUGUUUUAUAAACGGAGGAAAUAGAUUUGCCUCAUCCAUUAAUUAAGCAAAAGACAGUUGCCCAGUUAAUUGAUGGAAAACCGGGUGAACACCAUCACAAACUGCUAAGCAGCACUCGCACAAUACCCCCCCCCCCCCCACACACACACACACUUCGCGUGGAGGGCCUCGCCAAGAUCUUUCACCGGCGUCAUCAUCAUCACUUCUCCCCGAUAGGCAUCAUCAUCCUCCCUAAUCUCUUGCAGGGGCUGUGCGGAAUCACAAGAAGACAUGUGCCAAACUCAUUCACCCGCACCGAGGGCAUUGCAACCCUGGCUCUGAAGGAUAGUUUCGAAGGAGAACUAUGCAAGGCAGGCGCCAUGAAAGACCACCAAACAGACCAUCUGCUGAUGUCAUCGUUGCCACAGGGGGCCCGCCGCCGCAGCUCCGACUUCACCGCAACGAAACGACUCGAGGUAAUCCGACAAACACGUUCCGACUACCACAACCAUUGUCGCGUCUCCGACAUCAUACAUUCCCAUCAUUGUUACCACAGAAGCCCCCACGCCAACACCGCCAUGUUCCAUCGGUCCUGCUUGCCAAUGAUUAGCUCCAAAAAAUGAAGCCCUCGAGAGGGGAUACGAUGCCAAAGCACCGUCAACGUCCGAUCACACGAACCUAGAGUUUCCUCCGAAGCUACAUGGAUUGGGGUUGCGAGCACCUCAGCGAUGCCCCACAAGAAGGAAACGGCGAUCGGCUCCAGACAUGUUCGUGAGAAGAUUUCGCCCUGCAACCUCUGAGGCUUGUGAGGCAGGUAAAAAAUAACGUAUCUUCAUCUAUACCCUCCUUCCUAAAAUAAAAUAUCACAUCUAUUGUGAUGAUAUACCCCCCUUCCUAAUAUAAAAUAUCACAUCUAUUGUGAUGAAUAGACUGUGAAUUGAUACUUCUGUUGCAGUGACUAUUGUUUGCCUUCACAACAUAUGAAGCAUCAUAUACUUCAGCAGGCUAAAUGAUCUCGGGAGGACCAGACGUCAACCAGACAGCCAUUCGCACGCCAUGGUGACCUAUUUGAGCUAGACGACGAGCAACAAUAUCACUUGCAUGGCGGACUCUGGUGAUGGAGUGCAAUCUCUCUAAAGAAUGGAGAUAUUUGAUCUUGCUAACAAUGGAGUCCAUGAGGGUCGAUCAACCUCCCGUCAUUUGAUCAUAUUGACUGUCACCUCGGGAUUGGUUUUAAGGAUUAAAGGUUUUGUGCUCCACUCAUGGCUCAAGGCGAUGCCCUCCAUACACGCAGCUACCUCAGUCUCUAGCGGACUUGCAAGUAUGCAAAUGGGGGCAAGACUCUUACAACGUCACAACCUCACAAAGUCUUGUGAAGCCCAUGUUAUAGUUGACUUUUAAUUUAAAACUCGUUUUCUUUGUCUCUCAUCUUCUCACUCCUCCAACUGAGUGAGAAUAUAAAAUUUUAACUCCUAAGAGACCUGCCUAUGUCACAGUGUUCAACCUUUUUUUUAGCUAAACUUGCUCUGAUCAACCGUUCAUUCUGAGUCGCAGAUGGCGUUGGUUCAGGUUUUCAUAGUGCUGUGUGGGUCUUCAGUCUUGGCUUCUGUGGGGUUUUUUUUUUUUUUGAGCAAACUGUGGGCUAUAUUUCAGCUUUUCGUGUGCUGCUUAUCCUGUCUAUUGGGCCUGGGAUGGGAUUUCCGGCCAUGGGCUUGCACUUUUUCUGAAGCAAAAAUACAGUCUUAUUUUUUUCGCGUUUUGGGUGUUGGGUUUUUGACUUUUGGUGUUUAUUUUCUUCCCGGUCAUUUCCAAGGUAGCGACCCUGUUAUACACGGCCUUGAAUAAUGUAGUGGUUUUUACCAUAUGUUUUGUUGUUUGCUGUUCUUUUCUAGAACUAGAGUCUUCUUUAGUUGUUUGUGUUUUGACCCAUUUGUGUUCUUUAAAGUAUAAUAGCAGUUGGGGUAAAUGAGGCGGAGUCAAUGGCACGGCCGGGUCCUUGGCCCUGGGCACGUCAGAGGCGCAGCCGAGCAAGCAAUGAAAAAAAAUGCCAUAAUGGUUAGGGCACGCCGAAAACGCAGCCGAGCAAACAACCAAAAAAUGCCUUAAUUUCUUGUCAUCAUGCAUCUUUUUUUCCUUUUGGACCAAUGUCUUUAGUUUGAGAUUUCUUUCAUUGACUGUUUAUGAACUUGCUGCUUUCAUCAUUCACGCAUAUGUUCACUUUAUUUUUUUAAGGAAAUGUGUUGAAUUUGGUGGUUUAGUUGCCUGUGUGUGGUUGACAUUGAAAGCUGUGGCCCAAAGGCCGAAGCAGAAACUCUAGUCAAUUAAUUAAGGAGGCCAUAAUUCUAAAAAAAAAAAACAGGGCAUAGCCUGAAACAGCAACGUAAAAUAGCUAAAACAAGGCAAAUUCCCGAAAAAAUGCUAAAAUAAGCCAAAAAUACGGAUUGACCGAGAAAGAAGCCUAAGUUCUCAAGAAGCAGGAUCAACGUUAAUAAAAAACUAACGGCUAAUUGAAAUGGGUGACAGAGAAAACGUUGUUUCUCAGGCACCUGAGCAGUAGGUAGUCCCAAAGUAUAAGCGGCAGCUCGCAAAGUGGUCAGACCAUCUAUGCAUUGUUCCAAAAUAAGUGUAUUUAGUACAAAGUUAGUAUACUAAAUCAGUGACACUUAUUUUGGGGCGGAGAGUACAAAAUUAUAGCUUAGUUCUUCAAUAAUGCACAACUGUCACCUCCAAGAAACUAUGGUCGAAAUAUAGUCUGGAUUGGAUUGGUACCUUGACUGAGACUGAUGGAUGAAGACAGCGAGGACUUGAAGGGUAGCAUUGACCGGAGACUUCAAGCCAUGAGCAAGUUUCUGGCGCUUGUUGAAACUUGAAAAUCAUGUCAUAACUCCGUUGAUAAUGCAAGCACGUCGACUUCACAGCGACUGACAGAGGGUGCCCCAACCACACAUUCAUUCACACCCUGCAGCCCAACUGUUGCCAAAAACCAUGCCUAGUCAGUCUUAUCGAUUAUCUGUACUGUGUGCUAUUUCUUGGACUUCACACACAAACAGACCUAGAAGACACUAUCUUUGAGUUCAUUCUGCAAAUCCGAUAUGGCCUGCAUCCCCAUUUUGAUUCUACUAUCCUUGAGUUCAUUCUGCAAAUCCGAUGACCAGCUCACAUAUGCAAAGCCACUUGCCUCAGGCGACACUCUGGUCUCCAAGGGCGGGGACUUUGCGCUUGGCUUCUUCUCCCCGACCAGCUCCAGCCCUAGCCUCUACCUUGGCAUAUGGUACCACAACAUCCCCAAACACACGGUUGUUUGGGUUGCAAACCGCAACAAACCAAUCACCUCCUCUGUUUCUGCAGAGCUUGGCAUCAGAAACACUUCUGGCCUGAUCUUGUCUGAUUCCCAAGGCCAAACUGUUUGGGCAACCAACAACAAAAUCACCGCUGGAGAUAACGGAGUUGAUGCAGUGAUCCUCGACACGGGGAACUUGGUCCUCCGGUCAUCCAACGGCACAGUCAUAUGGCAAAGCUUUGAUCACCCGACGGACACCCUCCUUCCUGGCAUGAGGUUCGUGCUGAGUUAUAAAGAUCGCGUGGUUGGGCGUCUUGUUGCUUGGAAGGGCCCUGACGACCCUUCCGAUGGAGAUUUUUCUCUUGGCCUUGACCCCAGUUCAAACCUUCAGCUAGUAAUUUGGCAUGGAACUAGGUUGUACUGCCGCACCAUGGUUCGAAACAGUAUAACUGUAGGUGGAGGACCAUAUCGGAGCAACACCAGCUCCAUCCUGUACCAAACAGCCACUGACGUUGGAGACCAGUACUACUUUGUGUACACAGUCUCCGAUGGCUCACCAUAUGUGCGUAUGAUGGUUGACUACACUGGAAAAAUGAAGAUAUUGAGUUGGAGCGACUCCUCGUCUUCAUGGACAGUCAUCGGCGAGGUCCCCACUGCCUGCGACUUCUACGCCUCGUGUGGCUCAUUCGGCUAUUGUGAUUUCACUGGAACUGUCCACACAUGCCAGUGCCUUGAUGGGUACGAGCUUGAUGGUCUUGACUUCUCCAGAGGAUGUCGGAGAAUGGAACCUCUGAAAUGUGGAAAGCCAAAUCAUUUUGUGGCUUUGCCUGUGCUGAUGGUCCCGGCCAACUUCUUGCACAUCAAGAACAGAAGUUUCGACCAGUGCGCGGCUGAGUGCAGCAGCAAUUGCUCGUGUACAGCAUAUGCAUAUGCUAACUUGAGCAGUGAUGGCACUUAUGAAGACCCAUCAAGGUGCUUAGUCUGGACAGGGGAGCUUGUUGACACACAGAAGUUCAGCAACAAUGGCGAGAAUCUGUACCUCCGGCUUGCUGACUCUCCAGAUCAAAAGAACAACAAUUUGGUAAAGGUUGUAACCCCGAUUAUUGCAAGUCUGGUGAUACUGACAUGCAUAGCCUUUGUAACGGUAUGCAUAUACAGAGGCAAGUGGCGAAACAAGGAAAUCAAGCAGAGACAGAUGUUAAGAUAUGUCAGCUCUCCAAAUGAAAUUGGAGGCGAAUAUGUGGGGUUUCCCUUUGUUAGCUUCGAAGACAUUGCUACAGCAACGGAUAAUUUCUCUGACUCCAACCAAAUUGGAAGGGGAGGUUUCGGCAAAGUUUACAAGGGAUUGCUGGAAGGUGGCAAGGAAGUUGCUGUCAAAAGGCUUAGUGAGGGUUCUAGGCAAGGUAUUGCGGAGUUUAAGAAUGAAAUAGUUCUAUUUGCUAAAUUGCAGCAUAAAAACUUAGUCAGACUUCUUGGCUGCUCCAUUUACGGAGAUGAGAGACUACUGAUCUAUGAAUACUUACCCAACAAAAGUUUGGAUGCUUUCCUUUUUGGUGCUGCAAGACAAUCUGUGCUUGAUUGGCCCACACGGUUUAAGAUAAUUAAAGGUGUAGCAAGAGGGCUUCUUUAUCUUCACCAAGAUUCACGAUUAACUAUCAUUCAUAGAGAUCUCAAAGCAAGUAACAUUUUGUUGGACACAAAAAUGAAUCCCAAAAUAUCAGAUUUCGGUAUGGCAAGGAUCUUUGGUGAAAACCAGCAGGAUGCAAAGACUACGCGAGUUGUUGGUACAUAUGGUUACAUGUCACCAGAAUAUGUGAUGGGAGGUGCCUUUUCUGUAAAAUCAGACAUUUAUAGCUUUGGUGUACUUCUCUUGGAGAUUGUAAGUGGUUUCAAGAUCAGCUCAUCAGAACUCACAACCAACUUCUCCAACCUUAUAGCUUAUGCAUGGAGACUAUGGGAAGACGGAAAGGCCGCUGAAUUGGUGGAAUCUUCAGUCAUAGAGAGGUGCCCCCUAGAAGAAGCUGUGCGGUGCAUUCAUGUAGGACUCUUGUGUGUUCAAAACCAUCCUGAUGAUCGCCCCCUAAUGUCAUCCGUUAUAUUUAUGUUGGAAAAUGGAAGUGCACUGGUUCCAGCGCCAAAGAAACCCGCGUAUUAUGCUCUAGGUAAUUGUGAAGUCGGAGAAAUGAUAGAACAGAUUGGAAAUUCUGUGAAUGGGAUAAGCAUCACAACUCUAGAUGGCCGUUAGAUUAUUGCCUGUUUUACUACAGAUGGAGUACUACUGAUGUCUGUUUUACCUGGAAGACAUAUAUUGUCUGGAAUCUGGAUUGAGACUCAUGGACGAAGACAGCAACAACUUUGACCGUAGCACUGACCGGGGCCUCCAAGUUAGAGGCAGAAACUUCCUAGUGAGAUAUCCAUGGUUCAGUAUACGGUCAAUGAGAAGUACUAUAAGCAUGAGCGCAAGAAUUGGUCAUGCCACCAACUGUAAAAAAAAGUUUCAUUCUUGAAAUAAUGUCAGAGUACUAUUUUACCUCCACGAA